AUGGCCACCGAAGUUGCCAAGCCCUCCACCUGUUGCGGCAAGGGCGAUACCUGCGUCUGCGCCCAGCAAGCCAAGUGCUCUUGCGGCAAGCAGUCUGCUCUGCACUGCUCAUGUGACAAGGCCUCAAAGGAGAACACAACCGCCGGUCCCCGCUGCUCCUGCCGUGCCCGCCCCGCUGGCGAGUGCACCUGCGAGAGGGCUCCCACUGAGAAUGUGAAGCCUGACAACAGCUGUGCCUGUGGCUCAAGGCCCGCUGAUGCCUGUACUUGUGAGAAAGCAGCUGACGGUGGAUUCAACCCCAACGAGAUCGACUUCACCACCAAGAAAUAA